CUGUCUGACAACAAGUGGUUUUCCGCAAACUCUUUCACAGCACUGAAACAGCUGCUGCAUUUGUAUUCGCAAAACUUUACUGUGAAAGUGUAUCUUAGUAUUAGUUUAAUGACUGCCACAACAGACUUGUAAUUUACGAGAGGGAGGAAAAAAAAAAAAACAACCAAACAAAAAGGAGAAAAAAAAAACAAAACAAGACAGGUUGUCCGUUGCAGUCUCACGGGUGUGUCGUGCGUAAUUAGGCUUUUUAAUUUGGAUCACCCGGUUAAACCUGUAACGAAACCUGGCCAAAAGUCGCCAGGUUGACGGCGACGAAGGCUCGAUCGUUUCAACUGCUCUGUAACUCAACUUCACUGCAUUUUCCAACAUGUACAGCAUGAUGGAACACGAGCUGAAGCCGACUGGCCAGCCCCCUUCUCAUCAGACCUCCCAGGGAAUGUCACCGGUCACCGGCACCAUGACCGGGAGUAUGGGCAGCAAUGGAAACUCUCACCCGAGCUCUAAAACGGCAUGUACACCUGGAAACGACCCCAUGGACAAAGUUAAGCGGCCUAUGAACGCUUUCAUGGUCUGGUCCAGGGGGCAGAGGCGGAAGAUGGCUCAAGAAAACCCCAAAAUGCACAACUCUGAAAUCAGCAAGCGGCUGGGGGCCGAGUGGAAACUUCUGACCGAUGCUGAGAAGCGGCCUUUCAUUGACGAGGCCAAGCGGCUCCGUGCAGUCCACAUGAAGGAGUACCCCGACUACAAGUACAAGCCACGGCGCAAGACAAAGCCUUUGCUUAAAAAAGACACUCAGGUAGGCAAGUACCCACUGACAGCAGGAAACCUAUUGGUGGCAGCGGCACAAAGCCAAGGUGGGAGUCCUAGGAUGGAGAGCUAUGGCUGGGGCCCUGCUGGAGGAUAUGCCGGCAUGCAGGGCGAGGCACUCGGGUACACGCAGCAGCUCCACCGGUAUGAUCUGUCAGCUCUGCAGUAUCCACCUGCAAUGACGGCGCCACAGACGUACAUGAAUGGAGCCAACUCAUACAGCCCCAUGUCAUACAGCAGCAGUCCACAGCAGCCAAGCCCUGUCACAAUGUCUAUGGUGAAAUCGGAACCAGUUUCCCACUCUCCUCCUACGGGCACACCAAACCACCAUCGGGGGGCUUUGCAGGGUGACCUCAGAGACAUGAUCAGCAUGUACAUUCCUGGACCAGGAGGAGAUGCCACCGACCCCUCAACAGCACAGAGGGGUUACACCAGUGUCCAGCAGCACUACCUCACUGGAACCGUUCCCCUCACACAUAUCUAGGACUGAAGAUUAUGCAUGACCAGCUGGACAAGAGAUGGAAUCAGGUGUGGAGUACUUCAGAUUGGCAAAACAAAGAUACGAGCUGUGAAGGAUAAAACAACCUUUCCCCAUAUUCUAAUGUCUUAGAGUUCUUGAUGAUGUGUCUGCAAUACAUGUACCAAUUAUUUUUCUAAUAUUGGACAAUGUUCUCCUUUGGUGCCACACACACACCAGACACAUCUACAACUACACAUGCAGUGCUGAGAGUCCACCCUGCCCACCACCCUGCCACAGACUGCUCUCCCUCAAGGUCUUCAGUGAUGACAGGGGUACUGUCUGUUUGUUGUGUAUGUAGUAUGUAUUUUUAUUUUAAGUGUUUUAAAACAAUUUAAAAUGUAUUUUUAGAACUGAUUUUUAUUUUUUUUUUAGAUUCACCCCAAAUGCUUGUGACAUUGGCAUUCAUGACGGUUCCACCAUAGUCAGUGAUGGUUGGACUUGUUCAUGUGGUGAAUUACUGUCUUUGACAGGAGCUGCUUUCUGCCAUUGGCAGCCGUAACACAAAUAAGUUGUACAAACUUUUCAACUGAUUACAGACUCUCAGCUAAUGAUGAAGCUGGUGAGCUGAAGUGAGCAGUUGCUGGGCCUUUUGCUCUCCCGAUGAGCAGAGCUGAUGCCAACAGGGAACUUGAGAAUGAACUGCACAAUGCAAAUAACAGCUUUUUAAACUCUAACUCUUUGUGAUAUGGCUUUGGUUUAGUAGACUUGCUGUUGUUGUUUUGUUUUUGUUUUAAUUUCUACUCUUGAAAUGCAUUUGAAUGAAAGGACAACACACUCCUGUUGGACAAUCACCACCGUCUCCACAGAAAAAAAGGACUGGCUUUUUGCAGAUGCUUGAAUUAGAAUCUCCUACGUAGCCUAAAAGACCAAAUCACAAUAUUGGUUCUAAGAAGAUAUGACUUGUUUUUACUAUAUGGGGGUUAUUUGCUAUAAUUUAGUUCUAGAAUGAACCUUUUCAUGUUAAUCUUCUGAAUCUGAAGUGAGCAUCCUGAACAUGUAUUCAUUUCAUCUUGCACUAGGCAAGUGUAGUAUUGUUUUUAUGCUUUUAAAUAACUGAAUGGAUUUUUAUGUAUACUGCUAUAUUUUCAUUUGGGCUGUUUUAUUCCAAAUACAGCACAUUAAGUAUUGGGGGGAGGAAGGGGGCGGGGGUUAUUUCAAGUUAUGUUGUCGUACGAGCACACUGACCCUCCAGCUGUGUUUUUAAAUGAACUGUCAACUGUAUUUUUUAAUUUUUUUUUUUUUUUAUAACUUUUAAAGAGAAUGCGUAAGUGUUCCAGAUUAAACCUCAGCAAUGCUUCAGUCUUGUUUCUAAACUUUUCCAGUAACAUAACCGGAUGUAGUAAUGAUAAUUUUUCUUUUCUUUUCUUUAAAUCCUGGUUCUCUGAAAAACCGGCAUUUGGUUCUCAAAGUAUGACCUGCAAACAUGAGUGCACUACUGGACAUGUCAUUCACAUAUUAUGACAAAUUACUGUGGAAUGAGAUGAAGGCCAUAUUAAUGUUCAACUUAAGUUUCUGUUCUAGUCAUCGUAUCAGCCACGUCAUUAAUAAUUACAUUUUAAAUCAGUGCCAAAGUAAGAAUUACAAUAUAAACCACCACUGUGUGCACAGAUACAUUAAAAACACUAUCUGACCACUUGCACCGCAGCUCUGAACUGUGCACGUGAGAACACAAAUGUCCACUGCAUUUGGAUAAAUGAAGCUGUUAGUCUAACCUGCUUAGGUCAGCGUGAUGUCAGAUAAACGUAUGAAUAAUGGUGCACUUACUGCUAAUAUCUGUCAGGCACUUGUUGGACAGUCACCACUGUAUCCACAGGAACUACAUGCCUAAACUUUGAGUAUUUUCAGUAGUGUGAACAGGUAUGAUGGGGGCAUUUCCCAUGGUGUACAACAUGUGAAAAGGACAAAUGUAGAAAACUUGACUUGAUUCUCGUGAAACAGUCCAAAGCUCAUGCAUGGAAUAAGUUGAGAUGUAUGUUUAUUUUUUAUUUUUUUCUGAAAGUAACCCCAUGCUUUCUCCCUUGGGUCAUUGAAACUUUGAGAACCUCUGUUUUAACCUCUAUUGUCUCUUUUUUUUUGUCUAGCUUUCUGAUUAGCUGUUUAGUGCUGCCGAAGAAAGCAAACAUUUGUUUUUCAGUCUACAAAAACUGAAUUUGUUAGAUUUGUUUGUGCUAGGCAGCUUUUUAUUUGCUAGUAGAAUAUGUACAGCUGAAUGUGUUCUGGGAAAAGAUUUCUGACUUAUUUUUGACAAAGUGUGAACAGUUCAUUAAAGUUACAUGUAGAUGUUUACAUUCCUACCCAAGUAUUUGAAAAUACAACUUUUAUAGUGACAUAUUUUUUAAUAAAUCUUCAUUUAUGUAAAUGUUGCCAUUUAUAAGUUACUGUAAGUAGCAUUUAUGUAAAUAGUGUACAUAUUUUUAGGCUCUUAUAAUAAGAGUCUUCCUU